GCAGCUUGCCUGGUUUCUGCAGCGACCUGAGGAGGUGCUGGUGCUCUUGGACAGGCUUUCCACCAACGAGCUGGGAAGUUUAAGAGUUUCGAUCUGUGCUCUGGAAGCAGCUGACAGCGUGUGGUAAUGUGCUGACUGGCACUAUGGGCAGGCGGUACCCAGGGGCUCACUAUCGGCCAAGCAGCUCAUUCGACUCCGGCGUGGACGCGUUGGCGGUGUUUAUGGCAAGCGGCAGCACGACGGACGUUGUGAACCGCAACAGCCCCGCCACCCCACCCAACACCCUGAACCUGCGCUCCUCGCACAACGAGCUCCUGAAUGCGGAGAUCAGGCACGCCGAGGCCAAGAACAGCACUCCUCCCAAAUGCAGGAAAAAGUACGCGCUGACUAACAUUCAGACAGCCAUGGGUCUUUCCGAUCCAGCGGCUCAGCCCCUUCUGGGGAACGGCUCUGCCAAUAUAAAGCUGGUGAAGAAUGGAGAAAACCAGCUCCGGAAAGCUGCCGAGCAGGGACAGCAGGAUCCCAACAAAAACCUCGCUAGCACUGCAGGCGUAAAUGUAACUUCUGAGAAGUUUGAAAGCAAUGAGCCGAUCCCGCAGGAUUCCUCUGGCUGUGAAAUAUUACCCUCGCAGCCGAGGAGGACCAAGAGCUUCCUGAAUUACUAUGCAGAUCUAGAGACAUCAGCUCGAGAUCUGGAGCAGGGUUUUGUUGCGAUGGAAGAGAAGUCUGCACAAAGCAACAGCCAGGCUUCUACCGUUAUUGUCAAUGGGGAAGUCCUGCCCCGGAAACAGAACAAGAUGCCGAGCCCAGAGGAUGGCCAGGUCGCCACAGUAUCAUCAAGCCCUGAAACAAAGAAAGAUCACCCCAAAACUGGGGCCAAAACAGACUGCGCCCUCCACAGGAUUCAAAACCUGGCCCCAAGUGAUGAGGACUCCAGCUGGACCACCCUGUCCCAGGACAGCGCCUCGCCGAGCUCCCCUGAUGAAACAGCAGAUAUAUGGAGUGAUCAUUCAUUUCAGACGGACCCAGACUUACCACCUGGUUGGAAAAAGAUAAAUGACGUUGCUGGGAUCUACUACUGGCACAUACCUACAGGAACAACUCAAUGGCAGCGUCCUGUGUCCAUCCCAACAGAUCUCCAGGGCUCACGAAAAGGAUCGCUUGGUUCUCUCACUCCAUCUCCUACUCCAGAAACUGAGAAACAGCCAUGGAGUGAUUUUGCUGUACUGAAUGGGGGAAAGAUUAAUAGUGACAUUUGGAAGGACCUGCAUGCAGCCACUGUGAACCCAGACCCAAGUCUGAAAGAGUUUGAAGGAGCAACGUUACGCUACGCCUCUUUGAAGCUCAGAAAUGGCCCACAAUCCGAUGAUGAUGAUUCUUGCAGCAUCAACAGUGAUCCAGAAGCCAAGUGCUUUGCUGUGCGAUCUCUGGGCUGGGUAGAAAUGGCAGAAGAAGAUCUGGCUCCUGGAAAGAGCAGUGUUGCUGUGAACAAUUGCAUCAGACAACUCUCUUACUGUAAAAAUGACAUCAGAGACACUGUUGGCAUUUGGGGAGAGGGCAAAGACAUGUACCUUAUCCUGGAGAAUGACAUGCUGAACCUGAUUGAUCCCAUGGACCGCACAGUUCUGCACUCGCAGCCCAUUGUGAGCAUCAGAGUCUGGGGCGUGGGGCGUGACAAUGGUCGAGAGAGAGACUUUGCUUACGUGGCAAGAGACAAAGACACAAGAAUUCUGAAAUGUCAUGUGUUUCGAUGUGACACACCUGCAAAAGCCAUUGCUACAAGUUUACACGAAAUCUGCUCAAAGAUUAUGGCUGAACGGAAGAAUGCUAAAGCCAUGGCUUGCAGCUCAUUGCAAGACAGGACAAAUGUCACCCUUGAUGUUCCUCUGCAAGUAGAUUUCCCAACACCAAAGACAGAACUGGUACAGAAGUUUCAUGUCCAGUACCUGGGGAUGCUGCCUGUAGCUAAACCUGUGGGAAUGGAUACUCUGAACAGUGCCAUUGAAAGUCUAAUGGCUUCCUCUAGCAAAGAUGACUGGUUGCCAGUUACCAUGAAUGUUGCUGAUGCUACUGUCACGGUCAUCAAUGAAAGAAAUGAAGAGGAGGUCAUGGUGGAGUGUCGUGUGCGGUUCCUGUCCUUCAUGGGAGUAGGCAAAGACAUCCACACGUUCGCCUUCAUCAUGGACACAGGCAACCAGCACUUUGAGUGCCAUGUUUUUUGGUGUGAACCAAAUGCAGGCAAUGUAUCAGAAGCUGUUCAGGCUGCUUGUAUGUUACGGUAUCAGAAGUGCUUAGUGGCCAGACCUCCUUCACAGAAAGUCCGGCCGCCCCCACCUCCUGCAGACUCGGUGACCAGAAGAGUUACAACCAACGUCAAAAGAGGAGUCUUGUCUCUCAUUGACACUUUGAAACAGAAGCGCCCGGUCACUGAGAUGCCGUAGCUGCAUGAGAGAGAGGAUUCUCCUGCCACGUGGCUGAAGAUAACUGUAGCUACGCUAGGGGAAAUGAUCGGACCGUGUCUGACCUUCCAUUUCAGUUGCUGAUGCUUUCUCUUCAGAGAAUUUACCCCUGUCGAAACAAUGUUUAACAAGCAUGUUCUCAUUCUUGCCGCCGUCGCGUGAUAUGAAAAGAAGCAUGAAUAAUUUUUUUGCUGUCAGUGAGUUACAUCAUGGGCAAUGGAAGGUCUGUUUGAUUGUAAAUACAUGAACAUUACCUAAACUCACACAAAAAAGAGAAUAUGGCCACGUCCCUCCUAGUGAACUCAUGCUAAAGUCCUUGGAGUGAAUGAUGCCUGAGUUAAGUUUCACCUUCUUGAGCUGGAUUUGUCACAAACCAAUCUUAAAUCCUACAGCACUUUGCUCUGUUUUCAACACUGGAAUAGGUAUCAAGUGUUAGCUACCAUUGAAUUACUGUAGAUUAAAUACCAGGUUUUAUUUUUUACAGAACUGCACCUGUUAGUUUUAAAUUGUUUGUCAGCAUUGGUCUAGCAACUACUUCAAAAUCUCCCCGACGUAUUUUUGAACAGUAGUGUCAUUAUGUCAUCUUCUGGUUACACAUUAUGGUUUUACAGAAGAAUUUUGUUUAAAACCAAAGCAAUGAUGAAAAAUCCAGUAGUGUUUUUAGUAACUGAGUUGCAGGGUAAUCCACUGAAGCUUUUCAACUUUAAACAUACACAUUCAGCUGCUGGCUGUUAAAUUUAUUCUCUUAAAUCUAUCAUUAAUUCAUCAAAAAUACUGUUUGUUUCAUGGAGGGCUCAAACCAAUCAGAAAUAAGAAAGAAGUAGUUAGUGAUUUUAUUCUCUUACAACUGUUAUAGAGACUAAACUAUUCCACACCUUUUCUAUACAAGUGUUUGAUGAAAUGUUCAGUUCAAUGUCUGGUUGCAUAAUUCCCCCUUCUCCUCAGAGUUUGUUGCUGAAUACUUAGCAUGCCAGAAGAAGAACAAUUACAUUUCUUGUUAUUUACAAAAUUUCAUGGAAUUUAUUUUACUUUUAAUGCUCUUGUAACAAAAUAAGAAGAGUUGUUUCUUUACAGGAUAGUGUUUCAGGUAGUACAAUUGGAUUUCAAUGCUCUGCUCCAAAGACUUCAUCUAAUUGAUUUGCUUUACACAAUUCACAAAUCAGCCCAGCAUUGCCCUCAAAAUUGUACCUCAGGCUGGUUUUGAAAUGCAGUCAUGCAUCUUCAGUCUCUCCCUUUUUCAUCUUCUGUCUAAACCUGCAGAUUGGUACAGAUUUUGGAAAUGGAACAUUAAGUAUGUUUAACUAGUGUUAAAGAUGUUUUGCCUCCAUUUAUAGCUAGGUUCCAAAUUGUAACUGUCUCCCAGGUCUGUGAAUCUCGUCAUACUCCAAUGAUAAAGGAGCACUGACAAAGUUCUUGUUACAAUACUCUUUUUUUAUUUUACUGUGCAAGAGACUGUUCUUUUUUAUUUCCUUGUUUGAAGAAAUUAAUGAGCACACCUGGCAAAGUAACUUAGGAACGCAACAGGAAAAGAAUGAUGAUUCAAGAAAUUUCUGCAUUGAAAAAUCCAGUAAAAUCAUUACUAAACUCAGCGUGAUGAAUGAGCAAGUGUCAGGUAAAGGCUGGCUAUGCAACUAUUGUAAUUAAAUUUAGCUUUCUACAAUACCCUGUGAAGAGCUGGUCCUCCAUGGAUCUCAGAGCUCUUCAUGACCACGACUCUGCACCUCAGGCACUGAAGCAACCGUUUCCCCUCUCAAUGCUCACGCUCUUGCCACCUCCUCUGCAGCACCUCUAUUGCCUGUACAGCUGGAGAAGCUUAAGCUGAGUCCACAGGGAGAGCUGGAGGGGAGAGGUGCUAACAAACCCACCCCCUUUAGCACUGCCUGUGGUCGGGGUCUACCAUCUGGGAGCCAGAUCACACAGCAUGGGGAUGGCAUCUUGCACAUAGCUUCUAUAGAUUCCAGUACUGGUCCCAGUCACCUCUGUUAGCAGCAGUGUAAAACUCACUUCCUAGCAGAGAAUCACAGAACUGUUUGGUUUGGAAGAGACCUGAAAGGUCGUCUAGUUCCUAACCCCUAUCAGGGGGCACUUUUCACCAGACAAAGUUGCCCACCCAACGUGGUCUUGAACAUUUCCAGGGAUGACUGCUCUCAAACUGUGCUGGCUAACAUGGUACCCUUAGGUAGGAUUGUGACAUUAAGAGAUAAAAGUUUCCUUGUUCAUCAUUGUGCUAGUGAUUCACAUCAUAUUUUAUUUUAAAUUAAAUACUUUGGCAGUGUCUUUUUAAAGUACCUGCUGACGACAACGUCAUGAUUUGGGAUUGGCAACUGUUGUACAGCAGUGAAUUAAUUUUAAACAGUUUAAUUAAAUUUUGUCAUUGCAUCUGCACAGUGCUGAUUCUCCCCAAGAGAGAUCCAGACUCUCUUUAAACUAAACCAGCACUUUUCAAACAGCAGUGUAAAUGUUCUGUAUCCAUGUUGUCAAGGCCAGGAGCAUCUGGUUAGCUUCCAUUAGCAAUGUGUGCAACUGCAGGCAGGGCUGAGGAGAAGACAGGAAGGUAUUUGAAAAGCUGUACAUCACUCACCAGUGUAUGUUUUAAGAGGUUUAUGUCUGUUAACAGAAUGCUGUUGAUUUUGCAAAUAUUUAAGUAGUGUGCUUGAUGAUUUGACUAUAUGUGUGGCCUUUUUGCUUCAGUAGAGCUCCUUAUUCUCCAAAAGAUUUAAUAUACACCCAGGUGUUUGCAGAAUCAGAGCCUAAUAUUGCAAAGCCUAUUAUCUUUUGUUUCACAAUAUAUUCAGACACCCUUUUUACCAUGGCCAAGAAAGUAUGUAUGGGAUGUGUGUGUGUGUGUGUGUGUGUGUGUGUGUGUUUGAGCAACUGCAACUGUUCUAGUUGAUGUUAUAGCAACCCUUCAGUUAUCUAUGCAUUUUUUAUAAUACCUAGUGAUUCUGUAGGCCGGCAGCCAUGUUCACUAUGCCUUGUAUGUCUGAUGCCAUUUUCUAACUUAACCUGUUAAAUACAGCUUAAAAUAUUUUUAUUUUAUUUAUUCUAUUUUUACUGAAAUAUCCUGCUUUAUUAUGUUGAUGUAUUGUCUUUACUGGAUGUGCUCUUGUAACAUUCUCCACUCUGUAUACUAUAGGUUGCCUAAAAAAAGGCAUUGUAAUUAUUUGUAGUCACAUUUUUAUUGAAGUCGGUAGAAGAAUCAUGUAAAGCAAAGCUAACUUCUUAAUUUUUUUUUAAUGCAAGUGGUAAGUUAGAGGUAUCACAGUCAGUCAGUCAUGUCAUUAACACUCUCCUUGCAGAGGCAAGGAGAUUUAUAUUCACAGUCAAUGACCAAUAGAUAAAAGACUUUCUUUUGAAAUCUGUAGUGCUGGCUGUAGGUUUUAUUUAAGCCACUUACUGUUUCAUUUACAGGGGAGCAAGGAGGUGUGGGAGAUGCAAGAAUAUGGAGGUGGUUAACUGGGAAUAACAAAAAUAGCAUAGGAAUAGCAUAGAAUCCAUUCACAGUGGAACAAGGUAUACUGAUAUUCUUCCUGUGCUGAGUGACCUGUUCCUAACAGAAAUAUUACACCCUUUAGUGGCAGAGGAACAAAAGCUGUGGAGUAUCUAACAGCUCACAUCAGUUCUCUGUCCCUAAGGGUUCCACAUGUGUCAAUUUUAUCAAGCAUUUCAUAGAUAAUUUAUCAUGGAAUCUGAAAGUGUUAGUACAUCACCCAUGGAAAAGAGAACAUUCUCAUUUCAAGAGCCAGUAUGUGCUCAGCAUUUCAGCUUUGCCCCCAAAUGCAUUACUCCUUUCUUGGGCACAUUAAUUAGCAGAUUGCCACAAUGUGUGCUAUCCCAUCAGCCAAUGGGACAGGUUUAAUCAGGUUAAAUCAGGUUUGAUUUAACAGCAGUAAGAAAGAAGGAAACACACCACUGUUUAUUAGCAGAGCCCAGUCGUACAUAAAAGUACAUGACUGACAACAAAAAGGACAAUUUUCCCUGCUGUUGACCACUUCUCCACAUUUAAAUGUAAUCUGUUCUGAGAAUAAAUUUAGCUGCAUAAAGUGAUUGUCUCAACUGUUACUACUCCAUGAAACUGCGAAAUUAUUUUAUUCAAAAUGGUGGUUGAGGGAAGGGAAAAACAUACUGGUGGUUUAGAGGCAAUAGCAGUACUAUGAAGAGUUUUGUAUCUGGAAAGCUGAAUGAACAGUUUCUAGUUGAAAAUUACAAAUAGCCAACUGGAUUACAGAAAAAUAGUUACAUAAGAUACAGUUUUAGUGUAAAAAGUCAUUGAGUGUUACAGGCAUCUACCUACAAACUGUCUGAAGUCAGUCCCAAAUGUUGCCACCAUGUGAUGUUCCAUGCUUACAAAGUAAGCUGCUGAUCUGCAAUUGAAAUAAUCACUCUCUGAUACUCUUGGUAAGACAUCAAGAUUCUAACUGGUGUAACCUCCAUUCUCUGUCAAAAAUGCAAAUUUCUGAAAGCAAGAUGAGGCCAAGUGUGGGACAUCAUGGCACAUAUCACGUAAGUAACGCAGAAAUUAUGUUAUCAGACACAGGUACAUUGUUUUACAAGUAAUUUUAACUUUAUUAAUGAAUGAUACAAAUCUUGAUUUUAAAAAAAAAAUCAUUCUUUAACUGCAGAAUCUCUUAAGUUUACUUUAAGUAUUUAACAACCAUAUUGGAAAAAAAUAUAUCUCCAUAGUGUUCAUUCCUUCUGUCCAACAUGUAGAAAUCUCUCCACCUCCUAGAUGGUUUUGAAAUAAAAUAAGCAUUUCUUUUUUUCUGGUUGUACAUGUGACAUGUGUCCGGGUCUAAAUCUAUCCUUACAAGUUUGUUCAGAAAUAAGAGUAGAGUUCACCGUGUUACUGAAACAGGUAAGGAGCAUGGAUUGCUCACAGGGAUAUGCAGAAGGUGAGGGAUGUCUUUGUACAGGACAGCUGGCUCAGAUUAAAAUGCUAAAAGAAAUUUUCACUGAUUCAGUGAAGCAAGGAUAUUUAUCAGAUGAACAAGAACCAGCUGUCUGCACUGCUGGUGUAAUGUCAUUCACAUCUUUUCUUAAAAACGUACUGCUGAUCCAGUGACACUGACUGGUGUGGGUAAAGACAAAAUAGAGAUGUUACAACAUUUUCUCUGGGUGGGUCUAAAUCCAGACCCAUAUGUCAAAUUGGUUAAGCUCCACACUAUAUUGGUGAUGCUCCUGGCAACACUCUUGCCAAGUAUCUGAAAUGGUUCCCUAGAGGAAAAUUUCUGCUACCUUUGCCUUUCUGUAUUGCUGUGCUGUCUCUAUUUCAUUUUUACAAGUUCUAAAUACAAAUCAGAUUUAUUGUUAAAAGUAUCUCUGUGCCUCCCUUUAUCCUCUACUCAUAUUACAAAACAAUUGUAGGUAUUACACACUUAGUUUAUCUUUGCUAGCAAAAGCGAGCAGCUUAGAAGCCCACAGCUGUUUCCAAAGACAAGGCAGCUACUCUGUCCAGUCAUUACUCAGCUGACUAGUGGUAACAUCUAUAAAAAUGUUACUUUGACAGUAGCAGCUCUUUUCAGCUAAGAACUGUUUUUCUUUAUGUUAAGAAAUUGAUGAAAAGCAGCUAUGAACCAUGACUUAGUGUGAUGUGACACUAUGAUGACAAUUCAGGGGUUUUAGCAUGAGAAUAUUUUAUCUAUUACACUAUUAUAUUUAUAAUUUCACUAUUAGUAUCUCAAUGCACAUUUAAGAAGAAACCAACAGGACAUAUACUAGAAAGCCUGUGCAUGGGCUUUAAUGCACUUGGCCAGUUUCCUGUACAAAAGUUCACAUCUAAUUUUAAAAAUAAAAGGCUUAUUUUCCAUCCAGUCUUAAGUGGAAACUCACAAAAAUGGUUAUCUAGCACUUGUAAAGAAAAGCCACUUUAAAAAAUUCAGUCUCAUUUUGAGACAUCAAUUUGAAACUGAUUACUUGUACAGGUGUAGAUGACAGUGGGGAGUUAGGUGUAUGAUUUAACUUGUCACUUUAAAGUGUAUAGCAAGAGGCUAUCAUUUUUUGACCUCACUUCCCCCAACAGUCUAUCAGCCUUAGGCAGCUGAGAUCCAUUCACUUUAAAGUGAGAUUACUGAAUUAAAAGUUACUAUCUAACAUGGAUAUUUCUACAUAAAUAGCUUGUAUUUUUCCCAAGGCCAGAUUAUCCUUGCAUAAAGAUAUACUGUAAUAUAAGAGUAUUGAUUAAUAUACAGAAAUCUUUACCUUCUUUACAAAGGGAGGGCUGAGUCUUAAAGUUUGCUUGACCAUUUUUGACCAAGGUGGUGGAAAUAUCCAACCACUUGGACCCUGUGCUCCAGUCUGGCCAUGAAAGCCAAGUUGAUGCUAAGUUGAUACCCUGAGUUUGUUUCAU